AUGGCGUAUGGUGAAUUUUUCCGCGGUCUCGUCCGGUCGUAUCGUGUCGUGUUACCAAUCCUCGACUCAUCAUCCACCCCCGGUACGAAUCGUAUGAUUGACGAUGGCGAUUUACGUCGGGAUGGGUCUCACUGGCCAGACGGGAAUGAUUGCCUGCCUGCGGUACCUCCCCGCCUGUUCUGGGUUCAUGCCCAAGCCAAGUACCCAUCAGGACCCGCAGGUGCUAGUCUGAUAUGGCCUAGCGUCCGGCCCGCCAACCAAUACGCGCAUACCCCACCAUCGGACUAA